AUGUGCAAAGAAUCUGUAAACGUUUCAAACUGGGAAAAUCAAGCAUUUACAUUAAUUUCUGGCUCCUAUCUAUUGGAAAUAAACUCAAAAGAAUCUGACACCGAUUUUAUUGUUAUUUUGUAUUUUAAUUAUGAAGGCCCUGUAGAGAAUUGUGCAACUAGCUUACUUUGGUUAAAUUUUAUGGGUAUUCAAUCCGAAUGUAAUUUUGAACAAAGAAAGGAAUGUAGCAAAAAUAAACUAGACUCGUUUUAUUGUACUCUAUGCAGGGUAAAUUUUUUAAAAUACCGAAGUCAAAAUAACGAGUCGAAAAUCGCCUUUGGAAGAUUAGGGACGUUAAAAUGA